CGUACCAAUGCUGGAAUAAUUGUGACUGCCGUGGAAAUAAGGAUACCUGUACAUGCUACAGUAGCGCUUUGUCCUCCUGCUUCUGUACAAAUUAUAACAAUACUAUCACCAUCCCUGCAGCAGUUAGUCCAGUCACAGACCCUGACUGUGUGCUUCAUAAUGACAUGUACAUCUGCACUGGUGCUCAGUAUCGCAUGUACUGUAACACAAGAAUGCAUGAUUUCUCCUUGCGGAGAUUUCAGUACCAAAACCAGUACCAGUGUGUAAAUAAUAACUGUAACUGUGUUGGUAAUAAAGAAACCUGUACAUGCUACAGUAACACUUUGUCCUCCUGCUUCUGUGAGACCUACAGCAAUAGCAUUGCUCUCACUACAGCAGUUAGUCCAGUCUAUGACUGUGUGCUUUAUAAUGACACAUCAUACAUCUGCACUGGUGCUCAGUACCAAAUGUACUGCAACACAACUGUACAUGAUUUCUAUUACAAUAGAAAUGAGCACCGCUGUGUAAGCAAUAUCUGCGACUGCCGUGGAAAUAAAAACACCUGUACGUGCUACUAUAGUACAUCAUCCUCCUGCUUCUGUACAAAUUAUGGCUAUACCAUCCCUGCAGCAGGUAGUCCUGUCUAUGCCUGUGGGCUUUAUAAUGACACGUACAUCUGCACUGGUGCUCAGUACCGCAUGUACUGCAACACAAGAAUGCACAGUUUCAGCUACCAGAGAUAUAGAAACCAAAACCAGGACCAAUACCAAUGCUGGAAUAAUAAUUGUAACUGUGUUGGUAAUAAGGACACCUGUACAUGCUCUAGUAGCACUUUGUCUUCCUGCUUCUGUGAGACUUACAGCAAUAGCAUUGCUUUCGCAGCAGUUACUCCUGCUUAUGACUGUGGGCUUUAUAACGACACAUACAUCUGCACUGGUGCUCAGUACCGCAUGUACUGCGACACAAGAAUGCAAGAAUUCUACUAUCGGAAAUACCACUACCAAACUCAAUAUGAAUUACAAUGCUGGAAUAAUAACUGUAACUGCCGUGGAAACAUGGACACUUGUACAUGCUCUAGUAGCACUUUGUCCUCCUGCUUUUGUGAGACUUACAGCAAUAACAUCACUAUCCCUACAGCUGUUAUUCCAUUAAGAGGCUCUCAAUGUGAGCUUUAUAACGAUACAUACAUCUGCACUGGUGCUCAGUACCGCAUGUACUGCAACACAAGAAUGCAUGAUUUCUAUUACCGGAGAUAUCAGAACCAAAACCAAUAUGUAUUACAAUGCUGGAAUAAUAACUGUAACUGUGUUGGUAAUAAGGACACCUGUACAUGCUCUAGUAGCACUUUGUCUUCCUGCUUCUGCGAGUAUAACAUCUCCAUCCCAACCACAAUCAGUCCAACUACUGCAGUUCCGAAUAUCACACCACCAGAUCAAUGCGAGAGUCAGGCCUCAGAAGGGUGUCUUCAAAAUGUUCUUGAUCAAAUUGAGAACAUUACAGCUCAAGAGCUCCCUGUGACUUUUUGA